AUGGCGGAUAAGAACGGUUAGUUUUAAUUUGCAUUUCAGGGUUCCAAAUUAUCUUUUUGGGUUGUUUUUUGAGUAAACAUUUUUAUUUUAAAACCAAAAUUUUAUUUUAUUACCUAAAAUUUUUAAUUUUGAAUGCGAAAAUUUUAAGUUAAAAAAACCAUUUUUAGUUUCAGGUAAAUUCACAUCGAGUUAUCCGUCGAUUCGUCGUUGUCACGAACUAAAUUGCUCAGCUUCAGCUUGUAAUCACAACAGACCUAUCAUAAUGUCAGCGCCUUCCAGCCCGCCUCCAGUUCGACCGGUCGUUUAUUUGGAUGAAGUUACUCAGAAGAAGAAAUACACAACAAAAGGUCUACAAGAUUGGCCAUUGGAGGAGAGUCAAGUUGGAUCGCCUGGCCAUACACCGAUGAGAAAGGCCAGAGGCAAGGAGAAUAUGGAGUCUGAAGUUAGGGAUAAAAGUAAAGUUUAUUUUUAUUUAUUUUUUUUUGAUUUUUAGGUAUGAAAAAGAAGAUGCCGACGCUUUUUAAUUGAAUUUUUGACUUUUCAGCGUUGCUACAAUUCGACGAUUCCGAGGAUUCUGAUAGAGACGAUCCAACUCCAACAUUACCUAGAGAUUUCUCGACGCCAAAGCGAGAAUACACAACUUAUAAUUACGAAGUUGAAAGAGUGAACCUGAAGGAAGUUUGCAUGCGAUUAGAAAGAGCCAAAGAUACCUUGAAAGAAUGUAUUACUCCAGUUGCCAACAGGACUUAUUCUAUACCGUUCCGACCAAGUAUAAGGCAGGAUGUGCAUAGUGAAGGUACUGAUGGUCAUGGUGCACAAGUUGAUAGUCAUUAUGAAGAUGAUAGACACAUUGCUGGCCGUGAUGAAGGUGAUUUUGAUAAAAGUGUUGGUAGUCAUUGUGAAGAUAAAGAUGGUAGACAUAUUGCUGAUCAUGGUGGAGAUGAUGGUGUUAAAGACGAAAAGAGAGGUGCAGAGAAUAAAAGAAAUGAUGAAGAUGAACAUAAAAAAGAUUUUGUUCAAGCGGAUGAACAAGUUUUGAAAGAAAAGAAGCGUUUUGAACAGGAAAAACGAGGAUUUGGUGGUGAAGAUCAGCGAAGAAGGGAUGUUUAUGGGCAAAACAAGGCUUAUAAACAUCAAAAGGAGCACAGGAAUGAUGAAGAAUAUCAUGAUGAACAUGAUAGAACUCUUCAAAAUCAAGAUCAUGUUGUUGAUGACGAGAAGGAUAAAGGUGUUUUUCACCGUAAAGAAGUACAAUAUGAAGUGGAAAAAGGGCAUAUUGGUAUUGGAGAAGGUAGCCAAAAGCAGCGAGAAGUUUUUUGUCAUCAACAACAUGUUGUUCAACAAAGAACAGGUGAAUAUGGUAAUGAUAAUGCUGUUCAACAUCAACGAGAUUAUGGCGUUCAACAUCAAAGAGUUGUUCAACGUCAAGCAGUGCAACAGUUUCAUCAACACAUUUCAGUUCAUCAACACUUUGAAGCUGCCUUUACCUCAACCACUUCAAAACCGUUUUCAUCGACUACAUCAAAGCUAUUCACAUCAACAAUCUCAACAUCCGCGAACAUAAAACAACAUUAUAUCCGGAUUUUGAAGCGAAUCUACUGUCAUCGUGUCGAUCUUUUGAUUCAGGACGAGAAAGAAGCUCAAAUCACUGGGAAUCGGAAGAUGGAGCUGAUGGUGGUACAGAAGAAGAAGAAUGUCGUAUGCGAGUUGUCUGAUCGAAUUCAAAGGUUCAAGGACGAGUGCAAGAGGAAGAAGUACACACAGGUAAGGGUGGAUUAUACAGGGUUUAGGGUUAUAUUACUUUUGAACACAAUGGGGAUAACGUGCAGUCAUAGGGAAGGACGGCGGCAUUGAUAGAUGGUUUUAUUGGGUAAAGUUGGAAACAGAUCAUUUAAAAAAAAACUAUUUUAGGUAACAAAAAUUUAAAAAUUUACUGCUUUGGUACAAAAAGUUUUAAAAAGGUAAUUUUAAAUAACAAAAGUAAAAAUUUAUUGCUUUGGGGCCAAAAAUUUAAAAAAUGUAGUUUUAGGUAACAAAAUAAAAAAUAUAGUAAAAAUGUUGAAUUUUAAAACCGUUAUUAUAGUCUGACAUUGAACGAAUGAUAGUGCAAGAACAACAAAUCCUGGAUGAUUUGGAAAAGAAGGUUAAUGGACUCCUGGAAGACGCUCGGUUGAGAAAUGAGAUUCUUCAAAAGAAGCGGGGACAACGAGCCAUGUUUUUGAAUAUGAAUGACUAUGACAAGUUCAUUCAGCAGCGGACCAAUGACGGUAAAUUUUAAAUUUUGUUAAAAGUUUUGAUAUAGAUUUUUAAAUUUUGGAGUAUGAUUUACAUAUCAUGGUUAAAAAAGUUUUGUCGUCAAUGUAUAUAGAUUUUUCACGUUAAAAAGCGACAAGACUUUUAUGACGGCUAUAAGGUAAUAAGGUAAUGGUAUAUAUUGAAGCAUAAUUCGCUCUAGGAAGUGGGGUGGGUUUCUUUCAUAUUUUUAAUAAGUUUUUUGGCUGUUCUAGUUAUUUGCCUUCUUUUGUUGUAUGUUUUUGUUGUUCAUUUUGUAAUAAACUGAUCAUUUUUGUUUGUCUUUGAUUGAUUUUUUUAAGUUUUUCGUUUUUGAAGUUUGAUUUUUAGCUACUUUUCAAUUAAAUUUUUUUUGUAGAGUUUUUUUUUGUCUAAAAUACAGUUUUUAAAGGAUUUUCUUACUUAAACUAGUCUUUUUUUUGUCUUUUUUAGUUUUUUAUUACCUAAAAAUGUAUUUUUUACGUUCUUAAAAAAUUGAAAUUUUUAAAUUUUAGGUAACAUUUUAGUUAGACAGUAUAAUAUUUUCUCUAUUUUUAGCUCCAAAAACGUCAGAUGUGGCUACCUCAGCUCGUAUGCCAACGUCAUUUCCAACCAGAACAUUUGGAAAGGCUGGUGAUGACGAAUCGUCCUCAUCAACUCUAAUCAGCAAUGGUAAUGUUCAAGCAGCUGGGGACAAACGAGGAUCUGCUCUUGAUCAGCACCAACAACGUGGUAGUACUAAUCAGCAUUACCACAGUAUGGAACGGCCAACAGCAUCUAAGAAAGAUCAGGAUUUAGAUUCAGUACGAUCAGAUGCAGAAGUACCGAACACAUCACGGUCUACACAGUAUGAUAUACCGUCGAUUGAGAUGGAUCCGUCGGAGAAGGUGGAGAUACGCACGUUGGAACCGCCGACAGGUCAAAUCAGGUCACCGUUCGUUCAGAAGUGGCUGGAUGAAUCGGUACCGAACGUUGGGUUAAGUGAAGGCACGGUGGAACGGAACGUUGGAGUAGAUGAUGGAACGGUAGAGCAAAACGUUGGUGUAGAUGAAAGCAAAAUUGGAAUGAAGGACAAAUUAAGCAAGAUUGAAAGUGCUACUGAACGAUUGGUUAAGGAUUCUGGAGCUCAAAACCUGAGGUUUAACAAGGAUGUAGAGUCUCAACAGUUGAGGGUUGAUAAAGAUUCUGAAGCCAAGAAUCAAAAAUUGACUAAAACUUCAGAACCUGAACCUUCUACUCAAGAUCAGAAGCUAACAGAGCCUUUAGAAGCUGCAACUUCGCAAAAUUCAUCGACCCUAAAAGAGGUUCUGGCCAGAGAAGUCACUUUCAUCACUGACACAGCAAAUAAGGCACGUUCAAUUGUAACAGAGGCUAAACCAAAGGUAUCGGCUGAAGUUUCAACAGAUCGGACUCAAUAUAAAGAAUCAGAAGACGGGCUAGAAGUUAAUGCAGAAGGACGAGAAAGCCGAUCAAGUGCACAAAGUGGCAAUGAGAAUGAACGAUCAGGCAGUGAAAGCGUCCUUCUGGAGGUAUGUAGGCGGUGAUUCAGAUUUUUUUAGGAAAAAAGGGAUUUUAGGUAAUGAAAAUGAAGGUUUUUUAAAAUUUAGAUAUUAAAAAGUUUUUGUGUUAGGUAACAUUCAUAUUUCAUGUAAAAAAAUAAAGGAUUUUGCAUUUUAGGUAACAAAGUUGAUGAUUUUUCAAAUUUUAGGUAAUAGAUUUUAAAAUUUUUUAAACUUAGGGAUCAAAAUGGGAUAUUGUGUCCAAUUUGGGCGAUCUAGGCAUCAUUCGAGUUUUAAAAAACAUUUUGUCUAUGACCAAAGGUAUUAAAAAACUUGUAAUUUUAGCCACCGAAACAAAUUGAAGUACCAGUCCUGAACUUAGACUUUAUCGAACAAACUGUGGAUUCGUUGUACGAAGCUCAUUUGGCCGAUUUAAAGAAUCAAAAAGUUGAAGAACAUGAAGUGGAAUUGAAGGAAAAAGAUGAAAAAAGUGACGAAGAAGUAAAAGUAAUUGAAGACGAAGAGGAGGAACAAGAAAAAGUUGAAGAGAAUGUUCAAGAAGCAGAAGUAGGUUAUAACUUUUGUCUUGAUUUGAAAGAAAUAUGUUAUGUUUAAAAGGGACUAAGUAAAUUUGAAAGCGGACUACUAGGUUUGGAGACUCAAGCCAUUUUGAAAAUUAGUAGGCCGGCAGUGAGCUUUAGGGAUGGGUAUAAAUUAAGACUCUAGGGGCCUAGCUUUGGUCUUGCAACUAAAAAUUGCCUGUAUUUCAGACUGGACGCUCAAAGUCUUCCGUAUUCUCAUCGUUACAUACGGAUAUACCAGUUUCCGAAAAUUUGGAUUCUCCAAAAGUUGAGGAUUCUUUGUUAGAAUCAGUGGAAGAGCGUCAAAGCAGAGCGUCAGAAGCGUCUGGCAGCCACAAGAGAAGAAGGUAAAAUUUUGAAAAUAUUUUUUUUUAUUGUGUUGUGAUGUGACAAACGUGUUUAAACAUGCUUGAAAUAUUUAGGAGCCACUAAUUUACCCUAUUUUAGGUCGAGAAUUCCUCAGUUACGUCUUCGAGAUUCGAGUCCAAGUUCUUCGCUUCAAACCCCGGUCGAAUCAAAAGAAUCUUCAACGCCAACCAACUUCCAGAAGUCGAGAAUACCAAGAAGAGCGUCUGUUGAUGGACGACAACAGCCUCAUUCGUCUUCUGAUGCAACAGCGUCACCACCGAAAAAGGUUGGAAAGUUGGAGUUGGAGAAAAAGGAUUCUGGAGCAGAGUCUUUGAAGUUUAAAAAGGGUUUAGAAGCUGAAAAAAUGAAGUUGAACAAGGAUUCAGAAGCCGAAAACUUGACGCUGAUGAAAGACGCAGAAGACAAGAAUCUAAGUUUGAAUAAAGCUUCAGAAUCUGUACCUUCUACUCACAAUCAGAAGUCAGAAUCUGCACUUUCUACUCAAAUUCAGAAACCGAAAGAGCCAUCAGAAGUUAGGGGUUCAGAAAAUUUGUCGAUUCAAAAUCAGAUCUCAACAGAAUCAAGCGACACGGCCAGCACGGCACGGUCAAGUUCAACAGAAGCCAAGUCACAAGAAUCGGCUACAGUGUCGACGAAUCGUACACAGUUCUCGUCAACUGAAUCAGAAAGUGGAGCCGAGUUUAAUGCGGAAACUGGGCGAGGAAGCGGAUCAAGUGGACAAAGUGGUAAUGGGAAUGGAGGCUCAAGUGAUAGUAUUCAGGAGGUUAGUAGGGGUGGAUAAUAAAGUUUUUUUCGACUGAAAGGGGUGUUUUUGGGCUUAAGGUAACGAAGUGGAGGGGUGUAUAACAUUUAGGUAAUAAAUGAGGAGAUUUGUGAGUUUUAGGUAACAAAAAGAUUAAUUUUUACUAAGUUUUGACUUUUACAGGACUUAACGACAGCCAGAGAUUCCGAUUCCAACACUGCCCAAGAAUCCCAUUUAAACACUGCCAGAGACACGGAUUCCAUCCUCGAUAUCAGCUUGUCAACAGCCAGAGAAGCAGAUUCGUUCACGGCACGAGACUUAUCUACUACACCAUCCCAACGAUCUUCUAUACCAUCCUCAAAGACCGACAGUGGAGUGUCAACCUUGAGCAGCCCGAGAAUCUUCAGUGUCAGCCACCCUUCCCUACCCAAAUCUCCAAUCGAACGUGCUCGCACAGUAUGGCGAAAAAAAGACAACAACACUGUGCUCACGGCCUCGAUCAACAGCUCACGAGCCGACGACUCGAUGGUGCAUAGAGGCGAAGUAACCGGUAAAAGUAGUCUAGUCGACUUGGUGGAAGCGAACCGAGUCUUUGGCCUGGAGCGGAAGGAUAAGAUGCAGGUGUGGAGCACGGACCAGAGAGUCGACGUGCUCGUUGAGUACUUUACAUUGUCAUUCUGGAAAGAGUUUGUGGUCAGGUACGCGAAAGCUUUGGUCGAAAUGAGAAUGAUCGACAACUUCAAGGACGUUAAGGUCAAUACGGAGUUUGUGGAGAAAGAAGUCACGGACCCGGAUCUUUUGGAUGCAGUGUAAGUUGAUUGAUUUGGAAUUGGGUAGAGUAUUGCUAGGGUAAGGUGUUGGAGGUAAGAUAGGGUUGGGUACGUAAGGUGGAGCUAGGGUAGAGUAGGGUAAGGCAGGGUAAAGUAGGGUAGCGUAGUGCUAGGGUAACGUAAGCUAAUGUAGGGCAAGGCAACUCUUUAUAAAAUUUUUUCAGAUUUUUGAUAGCCGACAACGUGGCGUAUUUCAUGAACUGUGCGGUAUUAGAUCAACAGAACCAUAAAAGAAGAACCGGAGAGCUCCACAUGGCCUUUACUGACCUGUCAGGAGAGAAAAUGGUACAGUAUGUCCAAAAACAAAUGCACAAAUUCACUCAACUCUACCCAAAUCCAGUCGGUAAGAAAAAUUUUUUCAAGUUGAUGCGAAAAAAAUGGCGCGCUUUUUUGGUUUCAAAAUUUAUUGUUAAUUUUUUAACAAAAAUUUUAAAUAAAUUUCAGGGACAAAAAUAAAUUUAAGUCUUGUCGUAUAAAUAUAAAGUUUUUCACGUCUAAAAGCGACAAAACUUUUUUAGCACCGAUAUUGUAUCAAUAGUACUGAUUAUGUUCUCGAGAACUAAUAAUUGCCGUUUCAGCUAGAUCCCCCUUGGAACUAACGGCAUUCGAACGCCGAAUCGAACAUCAAACCCCGCUGGAACUGUUUCAAAUCGACUAUUUUAAACGGAAAUUGGACGAAUACGACCCUCCCCAUCAACCACAAUUCAAACUCUAA